UGAGAAAACGCGAGGGACAAAAACGAGAAAGUUCGUAUCACAUUCACAUCUUCAACCUUCAAGAUCUCUCCUUUCAUCAUCUUCACAUCCUCAUCUCCACCUCUAUAUAUACACUAUUGUCACUCGGUCUAUGAACAUCAAGAGACACAAUUUGAGAAUUUGAGAAAUCUCCUCCCUGUGAUAACGUUCUUAGCUCGUUUUAUCAUCUACGCGCUUGAAUAAAUGGCUUCCACACUCUCAUUCACAUCGGCUCUUAGCUCACCUCUCGCUCUAUCUCCUACUUCUUUCUCGUCCAAACCUACUUCGCCUUUCUCUGUCUCGUUUCCACGGAUGGUCCCUGGUAAGAUCAGAGCUCAAGACCACAGAGAAGACUCUGUUGAUGUUGUUCACCAAGGACAGAAAGGGAAUCAAGGAUCUAGUGUGGAGAAAAGACCUCAACGCUUAGCUAUGGACGUUUCUCCUUUCGGAUUGUUGGAUCCUCUGUCACCGAUGAGGACAAUGCGUCAAAUGCUCGACACAAUGGACAGGAUGUUCGAUGACGCUGCCAUGAUCGUCCCAGGAAGAAGCAGAGGAGGAGGAGGAAGCGGAGUUUCCGAGAUCCGUGCGCCUUGGGACAUGAAAGAGGAAGAGCACGAGAUCAAGAUGCGUUUCGACAUGCCUGGCUUAUCCAAAGAAGACGUCAAGGUCUCUGUCGAAGACAACGUUCUUGUGAUCAAAGGAGAACAGAAGAAGGAAGACGAGAAUGAUUCUUGGUCCGGAAGAAGCUUUAGCUCUUACGGUACGCGACUACAGCUACCUGAUAACUGCGAGAAAGACAAGAUCAAAGCUGAGCUCAAGAAUGGAGUUCUGUUUAUCACAAUUCCUAAAACCAAAGUCGAACGCAAAGUUGUUGAUGUCCAGGUUCAGUGAGAAUACAGUAACGUUUUCUUCUGUUUUCUUGUUCUGGUGCUGUCUAUUGUACAUAAUAAACAUGCGUCUCGCUAUCUGUGUAAUAACAAGGAGAAGAACUGGUGUGCGAAGAUAAUAGAUAUGCGUUACCCAGACUAGAUUAAUGAAAGCUUAGAUAUUCGGCCCAAUGUUCUUUUGGGCCAGAGUCAAAAA